AAAUCUGUUAAUGAGCUUUGUUUACAUUUCGUUUAAACAUAAGCUUUCUUCGUAAGUGAAAUAAGUAACAAAUAUUCGUAGGAAUUAAGAUGAGCUAUCAGUUGUAUAGAAAUACAACUCUUGGGCACACUCUUCAAGAAUCUUUGGAUGAAUUGAUACAGUGUGGUCAAAUUACCCAUCAGUUGGCUCUAAAAAUUCUCCUGCAGUUUGACAAGGUGAUAAAUACUGCAUUAGCUAGUAAAGUGAGAGCUAGAUUAACAUUCAAAGCUGGCCAUCUUGAAACAUAUAGGUUUUGUGAUAAUGUUUGGACAUUUGUGCUGAAAGAUGUUGAGUUUCGUGAAGUUCAAGAGCUGAUCAGAGUGGACAAAGUAAAAAUUGUCGCUUGUGAUGGAAAAGAUGAAAAGAAAAACUUAUGAAUUUUUGUUGAAGAUUUUAGUUUUGUAAUUGUUUAAUAAAUUGAUGUAUGUUUGCGUCUUAAAGUUUUUGUUACAUUUUUUGUCAAUUAAGGAAUAAAACAUGUUUUAAAAUUGAA